AUGGGUUCUUCUCGCUGGCCGACAUCAUUCAAUAGGGAAUGGACACAGCACUUCCUUCGCCGUCGUUUGCGUGGCAGCCGCGAAACUGAGAUUCCAAUAUUCUGGACCCCAGGGAGACUCGCUCGAUACUCGACGUUCUCUUUGGAGUCUCUCCGACCCAGCAAAGCAUCGAAUGACACGCCCAAUCCUGACCCUCUCCCGCCACGUCCAUCCCGCAAACGACUGGUGGUCGGCAUAACGGGGGCCACGGGCGUGGUCUUCGCGGUACGGAUCCUCCAGAUUCUGCGUGCGCUCGAGGUCGAGACGCACUUGGUAGUGAGUAAAUGGGCUCUAGCCACGAUGAAAUACGAGACGCCACUCUCGGAAAUGGAGUUACGCGGCCUCGCGACGUACAACUACACGGCGAAGGACCUGUCGGCGUCGAUCUCGAGUGGCUCCUUCCAGCACGACGGCAUGCUCGUGGUGCCGUGCAGCAUGAAGACGUUGGCGGCGAUCCGCAUCGGCUAUUCGGACGACCUGAUCUCGCGGGCGGCUGACGUCACCUUGAAAGAGAGCCGCAAGCUCCUUCUCGCCGUGCGUGAGACGCCCCUGAGCGACGUCCACCUCGACAAUAUGUUGUUUCUCCGGAGGGCUGGUGCCGUCAUUUUUCCUCCGGUGCCCGCGUUCUAUACCCGGCCAAAGAACCUGGAAGAGGUCAUCGACCAGAGCGUCGGGAGGAUGCUGGAUGUAUUCCAUAUUCGUACUGACGGCUUCGAACGGUGGACCGGGUUUCGGAAAGACUGA